ACUAAGCCCCACGGGUCUCAUCUAAUCAUACCUCGGACUGCCUGGCCGCCUCUCCCCAGUUCCUCCAGCCCCGGCAGAACCCAGCACGGGCACAGACCUGAGCACACCGCCCACCCACCCCCAACCUUUCUUCCCCCACACCCACGCCAAGGAGGGUUCUCCUGGUGGCCCGGCCGAAUGUGGGGGCUGGUCUGGGGUCUCCAGGCGCUCACGACAUGGAAGGGUCCGUCCGGCUCCUGACCUUCUUGGUAUGCAUCCUCCCAAUGGGAUCGUUUGUGAGAACUAAAAGAGAUACUACCGGGAACUCGCUCAACACAGAGGUGCACAGUGCCCCGGCGCAGCGCUGGUCCAUGCAGGUGCCGGCGGAGGUGAGCGCGGCGGCGGGCGAGGCGGCCGUGCUGCCCUGCACCUUCACGCACCCGCACCGCCACUACGACGGGCCGCUGACGGCCAUCUGGCGCGCGGGCGAGCCCUACGCCGGCCCGCAGGUGUUCCGCUGCGCCGCGGCGCGGGGCAGCGAGCUCUGCCAGACGGCGCUGAGCCUGCACGGCCGCUUCCACCUGCUGGGCAACCCGCGGCGCAACGACCUCUCGCUGCGCGUGGAGCGCCUCGCCCUGGCCGACGAGGGCCGCUACUUCUGCCGCGUGGAGUUCGCCGGUGACAUCCAUGACCGCUACGAGAGCCGCCACGGGGUCCGGCUCCGCGUGACGGCUGCCCCGAGGAUCGUCAACAUCUCCGUGCUGCCGGGUCCCGCGCAUACCUUCCGCGCGCUCUGCACGGCCGAAGGGGAGCCUCCGCCCGCUCUAACCUGGUCUGGCCCCGUUCUGGACAACCUCUCGGCUGCCCGGCCGGGCCCGGGUCAGGGUUUCGGCCACCAGGUGACCGCCGAGCUGCCCGCGCUCGCCCACGAUGGCCGCUACACGUGCACAGCCUCUAACAGCUUGGGCCACGCCGAAGCCAGCGUCUACUUGUUCCGUUUCCACGGCGCUUCCAGGGCCUCAGCGCUCACCCUCCUGCUCAGUGCGCUGGGCCUCAAGGUGCUGCUGCUGCUGGGAGUGGUGGCCGCUUACACCACCCACCGCCGCCUAGAGCAUCCAGCCACCCAGGACACCCCACCGCGGCCUCAGGCCCAGGAGUCCAAUUAUGAGAAUUUGAGCCAGAUGAGCCCCCGGAGCCUACGGGCAGCCACGUGUUCACCCUGAGGAGGCCCUCAGCCACAGGCUCCGCCUGUGCACCGAGAGCUGCGAAGGUCAACUCGAGGCAUGGCUGGGGCAGCCCUUCCUGGCUUUCAGGCCCCAUGGCGGCCGCUCUGGGCCCAGGACCCCACUCACAGGGGCUCAGCGGUCUCCCACGGACAUCUGUCUCGGAGCCCCGGCCGUAUUACGUCAGUGGGGCCAGCAUUUUGAAAGAGCGCGUGUGCGUCUGAGCAUGUGUGAGCUCCAGUGUGAAACUUCCAGAAGAGCCCCUCUCGCCUUUUCUCACCUGGAACAUCACAGUAAAGCGGGCAGGACGCUGAUCAUCGCGUCUCGAGGCCCAGACUCCAUCCUGACUCUGUCGCCAACUUGCUGUGUGGCCCAAGGCCCUUUUUUCUCCAGAGGGCCUGGUCUCAGUUCCUCCACUGUGGGGUGUGGACAGUGAUAUUCUCCCCCGCACCCGGCUGGUGGGACCGUUGAGGGUCCCAGGGACUCUGGGGGGCACCGGGCUGUCUGCAGAGCUGAGGGUCGUUACAGGCCCUCCUCGCAGAGCUGCCUUGGGAAAGGGAGAGAGUUCCUGACCAUGUGGCACCCACAGCAGCCUCGCUGAGAACUCGAGUUCCAGAGAGCAAGCCGGAGGCUGGGGCUUAGGGGCUGGGGCCCCAGGAGGAGCAAAUCAGCGGUGAGGAGGAGCCUGGUGCCUCUGCCCCCGGUGUCUCCUCUGGGAGUGCCCCACCCUCUUCGCCCACCUCUUACACCAUCAGUGGCUCCACACUGCCUCAAGCUGGGACUCCCGG